AUGAAACAUUUUAGCCUGAAGACCUGUAUCUCCUCCUGGCCACAGAGUGGUGCUGGAUCAUAUGCUGACCAUGAUGUUUUUCUGGAAUGCAAAUUCAACUUGUUCUUCACCCAACUCCAAUGGCAAAGCUCCUCAGAAGUUUUCAAAUGUCACCAUUACUCAGGAAGCAAGGAUGGAAUUAAUGCCAAUGUGAACUGGGAUGAACUUGGUUUCAAUCUUGUGAAAACUGAUUAUAUGUGUGAUGAGAAAUUCACAUCUGGUGAACUAAAUCCUUAUGGGGACAUCAAAUUGAGCCCAUCCUCUGGAGUGCUAAACUAUGGGCAGGGUUUAUUGGAGGGACUCAAGGCUUACAGGAAAAAAGUGGGUAAUGGUUUUGUGCUCUUCAGGCCGGAGGAAAAUGCUCUUCGAAUGCAGAGAGGUACUGAAAGAAUGUGCAUGGUAUCACCAUCAGUGCAACAAUUUGUUCAUGCUGUUAAGCAGACAGUAUUAGCAAACAAGAGAUGGGUGCCACCAUAUGGGAAAGGAUCUCUGUACAUUAGGCCAUUGCUAUUAGGAAGUGGACCGAUACUUGGUCUCGCACCUUCACCGGAAUAUAUGUUCUUGGUCUUUGCAGUUCCUGUUGGCAAAUACUUCAAGGAUCGUUUGCCAUCAGUAAAUUUAUCUGUUUCUGAUGAAAUUCAUCGAGCAACCCCUGGUAAAACUGGUGGUGUAAAAACAAUCAGUAAUUACGGAUUGGGCUUAAAAGCACAAGUUGAAGCUAAAUAUAGAGGAUUUUCAGAUGUUGUGUUUCUGGAUUCUGUGAAUAAAAAGUAUGUGGAAGAGGUCACAACUUGCAAUAUAUUCAUCGUGAAGGGAAAUAUAAUCUCAACUCCAGCUACACAAGGGACUAUACUUCCAGGGAUUACAAGAAAAAGUAUAAUUGAGAUUGGCCGUGACCAUGGUUAUCAGGUUGAAGAAAGGUCGGUUUCUAUAGAUGAACUAAUUGAUGCAGAUGAAGUAUUUUGCACAGGAACUGCAGUUUCAGUGACUCCUGUCAGCACUAUUACAUAUUGUGGUCAGAGGUUUCAGUUCAAGACAAGGGUGGAAACAGUGUCUCAUAGAUUGUACAACACCCUGACUGCAAUUCAGAUGGACGAUGUGGAGGACACUAGAGGAUGGACAUUGGAGAUUGAUGAAUGAAUAUUGAAUCACUGUCAAACUCAUUUAGAAGCUCAUCAUGACAUUGAUAUUAAUGCCCAUGACAUUGAUUAAAUAGCAUGUCCUGUAAAUCUAUCUAUUUCAGAUAAUUACUAGCUUGAGAUUCACAGAAAUUCCAUCAAAAAGAAUGUACAACAUGAAUCAAACAAUGUUGAUGGCAUUAAUAGCAGAAAAAA